AUGCUUUCACGUUAUAUCCUUCCGGUAGCUGCCAUCUUUGGCCUCGCCGCUGCUCAAACAACCUCCGACUGCAACCCUCUCAACGAGACCGACUGCAAGCCCAACCCAGCCUGGGGAACAACCCACACCUGGGCCUUCAACGACACUCCCUCAAGCGACUUCUGGGACGGUCACGUCGGCCGCGUGACCUACGAUGAAGAACUCGGUGCCACUUUUACCGUCGCCAAGCAGGGCGACUCACCUACUCUGCGCACACAAUUCUACUUCUUCUUCGGCCGCACGGAGCUGCACAUGAAGGCAGCUGGCGGAACAGGUAUCGUCAGUUCCAUGAUGUGGCUGAGCGAUGAUCUUGAUGAGGUCGACUGGGAGAUUCUCGGGUUUAACGACACCCAUGCUACGACAAACUACUACGGAAAGGGUGUUGAGGACUUCACCAAGGGAGGAUGGCAUUUUGUUGAGGGCGGUAUGCAGGAGGACUAUGUCAACUACACGACGACGUGGACCAAGGACGAGCUCAAGUGGUUCAUUAACGGAGAGAAUGUGCGAACGGUUAUUGCAAAGGAUGAUCCGGACAGUUACCCUCAGACACCCAUGAGACUCUCCAUUGGAAUCUGGGCCGCUGGUGAUCCUAGAAUGCCCGAGGGAACACGACAGUGGGCUGGUGGUGAUACCGAUUACAGCAAGGGUCCUUUCACCAUGCACGUCAAGGACGUCACAGUCGAGGACUACAGCACAGGAAAGGAGUACGUCUACGGCGACAAGACCGGCAGCUGGGAGUCCAUCGAGAUCGUCAAGGGCAACUCAACCGCCUUCGAGAACCUCCACAAGGUCCCCGAAAAGACCACAUCCGAGAAAUGGGAAGCUCUCCCCACCGGCGCAAAAACCGGCAUCUACGCCGGCGGCGUCGGUGUCGCAGCCCUCGGUCUCGGAGCUCUAGGCUUCUUCUUCUGGCGCCAGCGCGCCGCGGGAGCCAACGAGGCCAAGAAGGCCGCUGCCGAGAACUCUGAUCAGGAUCUCAUGUCGUACAAAGCGGGCGAGGACACAGCCAACCAAGGCUUUGAAUACAGCGCUGCCAAGUACUCCAAGGUGCCAGCCCAGGCGUCUUAG